CUGGACCCCCCCUCUACAUCAUACCCCGCCAAAUCUGCCCCUCCUCCUCCUUCUCCUUCACCUCCUACACUUCUCUUCUUCCCACCUUCACCUGAACCACCAGACAGGAAACCCCGACAAAACAAAGAUCUUCUAUAUUCAACAUGCCUAUCUCCAAGGUUCACGCUCGUUCCGUGUACGACUCUCGCGGUAACCCCACCGUUGAGGUCGACAUUGUCACCGAGACCGGUCUCCACCGCGCCAUUGUUCCCUCUGGUGCUUCCACCGGCCAGCACGAGGCUGUUGAGCUCCGUGAUGGUGACAAGACCAAGUGGGGCGGCAAGGGUGUCACCAAGGCCGUGAAGAACGUCAACGAGAUCAUUGGCCCCGCUCUCAUCAAGGAGAACCUGGAUGUCAAGGACCAGGCCAAGGUCGACGAGUUCCUCAACAAGCUCGACGGCACCGCCAACAAGGGUAACCUUGGUGCCAACGCCAUCCUCGGUGUCUCCCUGGCUGUUGCCAAGGCUGCUGCUGCCGAGAAGGGUGUCCCUCUCUACGCUCACAUCUCCGACCUCGCUGGCACCAAGAAGCCCUACGUCCUCCCCGUUCCCUUCCAGAACGUCCUGAACGGUGGCUCCCACGCCGGUGGCCGUCUGGCCUUCCAGGAGUUCAUGAUUGUCCCUGACUCCGCUCCCUCCUUCUCCGAGGCUCUCCGCCAGGGCUCUGAGGUCUACCAGAAGCUCAAGACCCUUGCCAAGAAGAAGUACGGCCAGUCCGCUGGUAACGUCGGUGACGAGGGUGGUGUCGCUCCCGAUAUUCAGACCGCUGAGGAGGCCCUGGACCUGAUCACCGAUGCUAUUGAGCAGACCGGCUACACCGGCAAGAUGUCCAUCGCCAUGGACGUUGCCUCCAGCGAGUUCUACAAGGUCGAGGAGAAGAAGUACGACCUCGACUUCAAGAACCCCGAUAGCGACCCCACCAAGUGGAUCACCUACGAGCAGCUCGCCGACCUGUACAAGCAGCUUGCUUCCAAGUACCCCAUUGUCUCCAUCGAGGACCCCUUCGCUGAGGACGACUGGGAGGCCUGGAGCUACUUCUACAAGACCUCCGACUUCCAGAUUGUCGGUGAUGACUUGACUAAGGCCAUCGAGCUCAAGUCUUGCAACGCCCUCCUUCUCAAGGUCAACCAGAUCGGUACCCUCACCGAGUCCAUCCAGGCCGCCAAGGACUCCUACGCUGACGGCUGGGGUGUCAUGGUCUCCCACCGCUCCGGUGAGACCGAGGAUGUCACCAUUGCUGACAUUGCUGUCGGUCUCCGUGCCGGCCAGAUCAAGACCGGUGCUCCUGCCCGUUCCGAGCGUCUUGCCAAGCUCAACCAGAUCCUCCGCAUCGAGGAGGAGCUCGGUGAGAAUGCCGUUUACGCCGGCAAGAACUUCCGUAACUCUGUCAACCUGUAA